GAAGCAAGAAAGGAUGAUGUUGGUGGGAAAAACAAAGAAUAUAUAAAGAAAGAAAAAGAUAUCAAAAUAUGUGAGAAGAAGAAAAGUCUGCAAAAUCUAGAAAAAAGAGAGCGUGAUUCCAGCCAUUUUUGCUUUAAAAUUCUUCAAUCUCUUAAGGAUCAAGAUGGGUUUAUUUCAUUAAAGAAGCUCAAGACUCUUUUGUGAGUUUUUGGGUGAACUUGCUCAGCAUCUGAGUAGAUUUUUCCUGGGAAAAUGUAUAGAGGCAAUGGCACUAACACUCAAAUUCCUAUUUUUGUGGAUGAGAAUGGUUUCCAGUAUCCUGCUAGUGCACCAAAUCAACUUCCGUUAUUUGGAAGCUUUCCACUUGGAUCCAAUGCUGAUCCUGUAAAUUAUUUUGUAAAUGAGCAUCCUACGCCCCCGAUUCGGCAUAGUAAACGAGGCAGGGAAGUAGAAGGUGUUUCGAGACAGCAAAAGCUUCAAAUUUCCUUGAAUCAUAAUUUGGUUCAUGAUGACACUGGACAGGCAGCAAACCUUCCUGCCCAAAAUCCCGUAUCGACUGGUUUAAAGCUAUCAUAUGAUGAUGAUGAACCCAACUCUUCUGUCAGUUCCGCAAGUGGAAGUAUGAAUGCAUCAGCAUCAGUUAUAAUGUCUCUUGGUGAUAACAUUAAAACAGAAAUGGAGCGCCAGAAGAAAGAAUUUGAUCAAUAUCUUAAGACUCAGGAAGAAACUUGGGCUAGAGGUGUCAGAGACAUAAAACAGAGACAUAUGGCUUCUUUACUGACUGCAGUCGAGAAAAAUGUUGGCACGAAGUUGCAAGAGAAGGAUAUUGAGUUAGAGAACAUAAAUCGGAAGAACAGAGAACUAGUUGAACGGAUGAAGCUAGUUACAGCAGAGGCACAAAAUUGGUGUUACAGAGCUAAGUGUAACGAAUCUUUAGUGAUCACAUUAAGAACGAACCUUCAGCAAGCGAUGCAAUCUGCUGAACAAGGAAAAGAAGGGACCGGAGACAAUGAGCUAGAUGAUGCUGUGUCCUGCAUUGACCCGAACAAUUGGCUCAGCAUCCCUAGUGGUUCUGGUAAGUGUACAUCGACGAAGAAAGCCAUUAUCUGCAAGGUAUGCAAAUUGAAGGAGGUAUCCAUCUUAUUGAUGCCUUGUAGACACUUGUGUUUAUGUAAAGAUUGUGAAGGAUUAGUUAAUGUAUGUCCUAUCUGCCAGUUGAUGACAACUGCUAGUGUUGAGGUGUUAUUGUCUUGAAAUGUGAACAAAUUAACUCUCAAGGCAAAAGAUAUAAUCUCAUACAGCAUUGUGGAUUUACUUUCUCUAUUUACUGUACAGAAUCAGUUUCUUGAAAUUGGGGUUUAACUAUCACGGUUCUUCUUGAUUCUUAAUUAGGAUUUGGCCAUUUAUUUUCUAUUCCAGUGCUUCUUUUGUGGA